CCGGUACGAUCGGCUACGGGAUUUCACCUCAGAUAAUAAGAUGAGUAUAAAUAGUCCAGUCUGGAUACUUGAAUGCACAGUUCCUUACCUUACCUUGUGAGAAGAACUACCUAACUUCUUAAACAAAUCAAAAUGCAGUCCGCUAUCCUACUCUGCUUCGCUGCUCUAGUAGCUUGCACCUACGCCAAGGUGUUCAUACCACCCGGUUAUCUGGAAACCCACCCAGAUUUCAACCCGUACUCUAAGUCAGUACGCCGACCAAGGGAUCUGACAUGGCAUCGCAACGCUGGAAGAGGCCAGAUCUUUGGUACUUUGGGAAGCACUGAUGAUUCUGUAUUUGGCCGAGGUGGCUACAAGCAGGACAUCUUCAACGAUCACCGUGGCCAUCUCCAGGGUCAGGCCUACGGCUCCCGAGUGCUCGGCGCUAACGGAGACAGCAGCAACCUGGGCGGUCAGCUGCACUGGUCCAAUGACAACGCCAGAGCUGCCCUGGAUGUCCACAAGCAGAUUGGGGGUGGAAGUGGUAUGUCUCUAAAUGGUGAUGGAGUAUGGAAACUGGAUAAGAACACCAGAUUCGUCACUGGAGGCAGUCUGCAGAAGCAAUUUGGACACCACAGACCUGACGUCCAAGUCCACGGUGCUAUUGAACAUGACUUCUGAAGUCUCUAGUCAUCUUCAUAUCAUUUGUAAAUAUUGACAUCAAUUUUGAAACAUUUUACACUACAUACC